AUGGCGAUUAUAACGAAACAUUGCGACUUCUUGGUAAUUGGAGGUGGCAGUGGAGGUCUUGCGUCCGCUCGAAGAGCGAGUGGACGUUAUGGGGCAAAGGUUAUUGUCGUGGAGGCAAAGCGAUUAGGAGGAACUUGUGUCAAUGUUGGAUGCAUUCCGAAGAAGAUUACCUGGAAUGCAGCCAACUUGGCACAAAGUAUGCGCGACGCCAAAUCAUACGGCUUCUCUGUCGAGCAGAAGGCGCCUUUCGAUUGGGCGAGCUUCAAAACGAAGCGAGAUAGAGUCAUUAAGAACCUGAACAAUAUACACGAGCGCAACCUCAAAAAUGAUGGCGUUGAAUAUAUUCACGGCCGAGCUCGCCUUGUAGGCAAGAACGAGUCCAUCAUAGAGCUUAAUGACGGCACCGAGAUCGAAGUUAGCACAAAGAAAAUCCUGCUUGCGACUGGUGGACAUCCCACAGUUCCGAAAGGCAUUCCUGGAGCCGAAUAUGGUAUUAAUAGCGAUGGUUUCUUCGAGCUCGACCAUCAGCCUAAGAAGAUAGCACUGGUAGGAGCAGGGUAUAUUGCUGUGGAGUUUGCAGGUAUGCUUAAUGCUCUGGGAACAGAGACACAUCUUUUCAUUAGGCAUGAUAAGUUCCUCCGAAGCUUUGAUGAGAUGAUACAAGAUGGUAUUCUUUCAGAGUAUGAGUGUGUUGGCAUACACAUCCACAAGAAAAGUAAGAUCGGGAGAGUCACAAAGACAGAGAAGCUUACUCUCCACUACUCUGACUCAACUGAUCAGGGCAAGCUCGAGGACCUGGAUACUCUCAUUUGGGCCAUCGGCCGAACACCAGAAGUGGAAGGUCUUGGCCUGGACGCUAUAGGCAUCAAGCAGAACGAGAGGGGUCAAAUAAUCACCGACGAGUACCAGAACACCAACGUAGAGAACAUCUACUCUCUCGGCGAUGUAGUCGGCAAGAUCGAACUUACUCCAGUCGCAAUCGCCGCCGGCCGAAAGCUUAGCGAUCGCCUCUUCGGUGGUGAACAGUUUCGCACAAGGAAGCUGGACUACGACCACAUUCCCUCCGUCGUCUUUGCCCAUCCUGAGGUUGGCACUAUUGGCUUGACGCAAGCAGAGGCCGAAACGAAAUACGGGAGGGAUAACAUCAAGAUCUAUAGGUCCUCUUUCACGGCGAGUUACUAUGCCAUAAUGGAGGACAAGGGGUCGUCCAAAUAUAAGCUCAUUUGCCAGGGCAAGGACGAAAAGAUCGUGGGACUGCAUAUUUUGGGCUUGGGGAGUGGAGAGAUAUUGCAAGGGUUUGGGGUCGCGAUUAAGAUGGGGGCUACGAAGAGGGAUUUCGAUAGCUGCGUUGCGAUUCAUCCGACAAGUGCAGAGGAACUAGUUACUCUUAAUUAG